CGGCGUCGCCACUGCGCAGCCUCGCGCGCCUGGGCCUGGCUGCGUGCGGCGCCUGAACCGCGGCGUCCGGGUCCCGGGUCCCGGGUCCCGGCUCCAGGCUCCAGGCUCCAGGCUCUGGCGCGCACCCCUGGCUGGCUGCGCCAUGGCGCUCAACAAUUUCCUCUUCGCGCAGUGCGUCUGCUACUUCCUGGCCUUCCUGUUCAGCUUCGUGGUGGUGGUGCCGCUGUCCGAGAACGGCCACGACUUCCGCGGCCGCUGCCUGCUGUUCACCGAGGGCAUGUGGCUGAGCGCCAACCUCACGGUGCAGGCGCGCGAGCGCUUCACGGUGCAGGAGUGGGGCCCGCCGGCCGCCUGCCGCUUCAGCCUGCUCGCCAGCCUCCUGUCGCUGCUGCUGGCCGCUGCGCACGCCUGGCGCACGCUCUUCUUCCUCUGCAAAGGACACGAGGGCUCCUUCUUCUAUGCCUUUCUCAACCUCCUGGUGAGUGCCUUUGUGGUCUUCCUGGUCUUCAUCGCCAGCACCAUUGUGAGCGUGGGCUUCACCAUGUGGUGUGACGCCAUCACUGAGAAGGGCACCGUACCCCACAGCUGUGAGGAGCUGCAGGACAUCGACCUGGAGCUGAGUGUGGACAACUCUGCCUUCUAUGACCAGUUUGCCAUCGCUCAGUUUGGCCUCUGGGCCUCAUGGCUGGCAUGGCUGGCCAUCACCACAUUGGCCUUCCUGAAGGUCUACCACAACUACCGCCAGGAGGACUUGCUGGACAGCCUGGUCCACGAGAAGGAGCUGCUGCUGGCCAGGCCGGGCCCUCGCACCUCCUUCCAAGAGGAGAAGAGCGCUGUCAUCUAGGCUCUGCAGCCUGCCCCUCCCCUGCCACAGGCCCUGCCUGGCCCACCUGCUCCCCACGCAUCCCGGGCCCUGCCUGCAGCAAGGUGAGCGCCGACUCCUGCCGGGGCCCAGCAGCUGGCAGUGGAGACCUGGGCAGCGGUGUCCGUGCUCUGCCUCCUGGAGGCUGCAACUGUGAGUGCUGGGGUGUGAGCACACGCGUGUGUGCACGUGCAUGUGGAUAGGGUAUAUGUGAACAGACUGCAGCGACGGGGCACCUGUGACCCCUAGAAGAAGGGCAGCGGCUCUCACUUGGCCACCCAGUGGCGGCAGAGCCUGGUGAGAGUCCUAGGCACUCUUCUGGGGAGAGCCAGCAUCCCCUCUUCUUGGGGGUCCCUGUCCUGUUCCAGGGAAAGGGCCCUAAGGUGGACGAGCCCCCCAACCCUAACCCCUAUCCUAACCUUCAGAAGUGUGUUCCCAGUGUUCUCCCAGCUUGGACUCUGAAUGGUCUGGGGUCACCUCAAAGGGCCUGGGGUGGUCAACUGGGCCCCCCAAAACGGCCAGCUUGUCAGGGUGCUGGGCAGGCAGGUGCUGUCAGGAGGACCCAGGUCAGGAGUGAGAGUGCGGGCUCCAGCCCAGCUGAGAGUUUCCUGUGGGGUGCUAGGUACUUAGGAUGGGUUUGGGCAGUCUGAGGCUCCCAAGGCUGAUGUCAUUCUGGGUCUCUAAUCGCCGGAUGUGUGGACUCUUUCUUGCCCCGAGAGCUGCUUAUCUGUCCCCCACAUAUGGUGUUGUGGCUUCUGCCUUGCCUCUGCUCUGCCCCCCAUUUCUGCUGCAGCUGCCUGGGGCCCUGGGAGGCUGGUGUGGUUUCCUGGGCCCAUGGACCGCCCCUACCCUCGCCCAGCCCCGCUGGCCCUGGGCCACUGUACCCUCAGGCCUGGGAAGCUGGUCCAGGGCGGCCUGCAUCCAGGCAGGCAGAGGCCUGGGUGCAGGCUCCGUCCAGGCCUGCCCUCCCCAGGGCAGGAGGGCAGGGCUGCCCCCAGACACCCUGGUUUCUCUCCGGCUUCUCUCAAAGGGCACCUUGUUUUAGCCCUACUUCUGGCUGAACUGAAAGUAAAGAUUCUCAAGUUUCCAUGUAUCUAUUUCUCUCAGUCAAAAUAAAACUCCGAGCUCCA